AUGUUGGUUCAAGAGCCCAGUUCAUCUAAUUUGACCUGUAAAGUAUGCAGUGAACCAGCUCAUGGAGUUCACUUCGGAGUUGCUUCUUGUCGAGCGUGUGCAGCAUUUUUUAGAAGAACUACAGUACUCGGCAAGAAAUACACAUGCCGUCAGAAGAAUGAGAACUGCGCCACAAACAACGAGGAUAGAUUCAACUGUAGAUUUUGUCGUUACAAAAAGUGUUUACAGUGUGGAAUGACACCUGAAAAUGUAAAAUACAACUAUGACUCAGCAGUUCAUCACACAAAAAAACCAUCUCCUUUGAUGAAACAUGAGUAUCAAGAGCACCCAUCUGAUCCGAGUUCACCGGUUGACUUGGUGAAUAAUAUGGAUCAUCAGUUAUGUAUUCGACAGACAAGAGAUGUCGUCAAAGAUGUGACUUAUGAAGUACAAACGGAUGAGAAAGGAGAGCCAAUUGUGAGGCUGGAUAUAACUGGACUUCUGAAUAAUAUCACUUCGGUUCUGGAUGAUUUCGUGCCAUCAGAUGACAUAAAGAGUCUGAAUACUUUGAGAAGAAUGAAUCAUGCAUUGAUAGAGUACAGGCAGAUACAUCAUAGUAAUGUCAUAAAGUUCGUCCAAUCAAUAACAAUGCGAGAAAUACUAAUGACUGGAAAUGAGCAAAUCAAAUCGAUCACCAAGUUUCUAAUGCAUUCCGUUCCAUUCCGAUCCCUCAGGAAUGAAGAUCAAAUGCAAAUGCUCAAAUCUAUAUGGGUUCAAUGGAAACGUCUGGAACGAUACGUCUCAACUGCUCAAAUCUUUGGAAAACGAAUGUAUGAAGAUCAAAUUGUCACUUUGGUUCCUGGUUUAGCUGCGUAUCUCAACAAGAUUCAUGUGGACUGUGCCGCGUUUAUUUACAAAAAGGCGGAAGGAAUGAAGUUUUUUAUGGAAAAUUUCAACUCUCGAAUGAUGGAAGAGAUUGGGAAACCUCUGGUUGAUUUGGAGUUGACGAGUAUGGAGACAGCUUUUAUGUUGGCUCAAAUGUCAUGGCAGGUGGCUGGCAAAGAACUGCAAGGUGACGUCCUGAAGGCAAGCGAAUCUGAACAAGAGGCUCUUGCGAAUGAACUUCAUCUCUACUAUAUUGAAGAGCUCCGACUCCCCAAUUAUGCAUCUAGACUUAUCAAAAUUAAUAAUAUUAUCAAUGCGGCACAGAAAAUUCAUUUCGAGCGUCAAAACUUCAUGGAUAUCGUUCGAAUAUUCGAUUUCUUCCGGGUGCACGUGUCGGAUCCCGAAAUGUACAAAGCAUAUUUUUGA